CAGCUGGAUGGAAGCAUCCCGGGAACCAGAGGCUCUGGAAGACUCGGAGGCCGCGCGUGGAUCGGAGGAGCUGGAGGACGAUGAGGAUGAAGAGGAGACGCUGCCUCACUCCGAGGCCGUGGACGUGUUCCAGGAGGGUCUCGCCAUGGUGGUGCAGGACCCGCUGCUCUGCGACCUACCGAUCCAGGAGAAGAUACUAUUAUCAGAGCUCAUGGCUGUGGUGGUCGUGCAGAACGCCACGGUCCUGGACCUGAAGAAGGCCAUUCAGAGAUAUGUGCAACUCAAGCAGGAGCGUGAGGGGGGCAUUCAGCACGUCAGCUGGUCCUAUGUGUGGAGGACGUACCAUCUGACCUCCGCAGGAGAGAAGCUCACAGAGGACAGGAAAAGGCUCCGAGAUUAUGGUAUCCGGAAUCGGGAUGAGGUGUCCUUCAUCAAAAAGCUGAGGCAAAAGUGAACCUCACACAAGGACACCUUGAUUCAGUGGUUGAGCUUUCCCAGCAAGAUGGAUCCCUCCAGUCAACGUUCUCCUCAUAAAAAAGGAUGUUAGGGUGACUGUGUCCACACUGCGCCCAGUGGGACCUGUCAGUGUGAACCUUGGGUCCCUCAGGACUAGGAUAGGGCAAGCCUGUGUUCCUGCUUUUCUGUGAACUUGACCUGACCUCUUGCUGGACUUAAAAACCUUGGUCCCGGGGCUGGGGGCCUGGCCUUGUGUACACAAUAAAGCUGUUUGCUUCAUAUUUUGAAGUCAGAAAGCUGUGUCAGAAAGUACCCUGUGUAGGGGGUGUGGCUUUGCCCCGUCGCAGAGGGUAGGACAUGGCCAAGAACUGGCACACGAGGUGUAGUCCGAGAGAGCACCCCGAGUCCUGUGGCCAUGUCACGUGCUAUGACCAUGGUCUCCACAGCAAGGAUUUGUGAAGAAAAGCUAAGUGGCUGUUUUCUGUCUGUGCCCGUGAAGAAACAAGGACCUGCCAGGCGUCUACAAUCCCAGCACUCGGGAGGCUGAGGCAGGAG